AUGCCUGUCAAACAGCCUCCCCGACCAUCCUUCUCUGAGGAGCGUUUCCUCAACGACAUAAGCAACGCCAGCACAGCCUUGGGUGUCCCAUACUCGGAAAACACAACACGAAGAAUUUUGUCCGUCUUCCGUAAAAGCUUUCAUCAAGGCUGUGUCCUGUGGCGUACAACUGACCAACCUAACGGAGAACUGAACUACCGCGUCUACGAGCGCCAAAGCAUUGACAUGGUUGCUCUGGCCAUGGACGCCGGGUUAAUUUCAAAAAACGACGUCCUAGUGUCUCUUGUCCAAUCCUGGUCGAGCCUCUACGGGGAGGAAAGCCACCAACUUGCUGACUUCGACGCGGCCCGGGGACUUGUGAAAUUCUGGGUGUAUCUUGGUUCAAUGCGGCCGUUGGUGGAGGUCUUUGGUGUUCCAGAGUUGCCAGCAUGUAUCAAGAGGCACCAGGAUCUGUUCGUGGCAUUGAAUCUUACGCAUGUGAGACAUACUGCUGUGGAUUUGGAGAAAAAAUCUAUCAACCUCUAUUUCCGGACAACUCGAGGGUUUGCACGAGAAGUUGUGGAUGAGUAUAUCUCCAUAGCUGGAGCAGAUCCCAUAUCCGAUACCCUCUUCGAGGAAAUAAGGCAGCAGUUUCCGAAAAGCGGAGGGACGUUUGCUGUUACGAUGGAUUUCGCGACAGGGAAGAUAUCUCGUGUUGCAUUUUAUGCACUGAGGUUAUCGCCAGAGGAUAUGCCGAGUUUCAAUGAGCGGAUAUGGACUUUCUUCCAGGUGUGCCUGUCGUACGAUGAGGAGGAGAUGAUGGCUUUGGCGUGGUCUUUUGGGAAAGGAAGGAGGAGCUAUAUUAAGGCGGAACAUAGUCAUUCCGGGGCAUUGGUAGAGUUAUUGAGGCAGUGGAAUACGCCGAUGACAGAUGGUCGGUGA